AUGUCUGUUUGUUUAGCCGUCACAAAGGGUAUCGCUGUUUCCUCCCUCGGGUUGUAUGCUGGUAUAUUAACAACGACAUCGUUGGUCACAAUUGUUACGCCUUUGGAAGUGCUAUCGCAACAUUUGAGCCCAGUAGUUUGUAAAAUUGGUGAACUUGCGUCUUUCCUUGGAACUCUUUCUACCGGGUUUUUCGCUGCCAGUUUUUUCGCUGCACCACCUCAUUUGAGACAUCCAUACUUGCUCUAUGGUGCUCUAGUUGCUCCAGUGUCUGCUCUAUACUUGUGGGGUAUUUCACGCUGUAAUCACAAAAUCAAAUACAACCAGAAGAAAAGAGAAGAACAGAGCAAAUCGCCUCAGGGACCACAAUUGAGCGAUUCCGUGGUUGAUCUAGGUAAAGAAAACAAAUGUGAUGCUCCUGCAGGACACCCUCCAAUUAACAAUGAUGGUGCUAAAUGUCCAUUUGGCAGUGCAACCGUCACACACUGUCCACCUUCAGCAGACGCUCAUAGACCAAAGAGAUGCCAAAAGAAAAUCAAUUGCCAUUUGGCAGUCGUAACUUUGGCUACCGUGGCAGGUUUCAUCUCUUCCGUGGUAGGAAUUUACGGCGAGGGACAGCUGGCAUGA